AUGGCCACUCGAAGUAUUUUUGUUGUUGCCAUGGCAGCAAACAGGGCACGCCUGGGCCUCCCAGAAUUGGUGCAGAAGUCUCUCAGUGGCACUGUCAUUGUGUGGAGGUCUCCUCUGACCGGAGAACUGGGGCGUCUCGGAGAGUGUGACCCUAACAGAUGUUUCUUCACUGUCUUAUCAUUCCCAUGCACAUACAAAAGCUUCUUUUUUAUGGUGGAUUGCAGCAUUGAAAGUCUUCCUCUUCCACAUCACGAGCAGCACCAGUGGCCGUUCUUUCACAAGGACUCACCAAAGAAUAACUACACUUUUCACGAACCGCUCAUUACCCUGUUCAACCACACAAUGACCUUCAGCCACCUCUCUCACCUGCCCCUUACCACGCAGCACCUGGAGGGCCUCAGCGCACAAACACACCUGCUGCCUCUGUCCUACAAGAAACAGCUGAGGAGGACUCCUGUGGUGUAUGUCCAUUUGUUCUGCGCCCCGCCGUCUGAAAGAGAUUUUUAUGUUCAAGAGCUGAUGCAGCACAUUCAGGCGCUCAAAUUAGGUGCUGUGGUAUACGUACUAUACAGAGCUCCUAACAUACACAUGUGGUUGCCAGAUAACAGGAGCGCAGAUGUCAAUCCCAAUGACCUGCCGAAGAAGCUCGCUCAGUAUUUAAAAUGAUUGGACAAGAAUGACAGUCAAUAUCUGAAAUACCUGGAGUGGAAGCAGAAGUGUGUCCGGAUGACAGAGCUGAAGGACAGACCGUGGGGUGUUCAGGAUACUGGUCAAGAUAACUUCAUUAGCCACAUUUCCACUGUCGGGCCAGUGCGCGCGAGGGCUUAAAGCAGGCCGGGCGGGGCUAAUAGCCUCGGGCCACUUUUCUGUGAGUGCAGUACAAGUUCAUCAAACAACCGCAGUAAGAAUAUUUCAUCAAGCACGGUGAGUAAAGGCUUCUCCUGCUAUUGUUAUUUGCACAUCUUGCCACAUGUACAGUUUAU